AUGCUUGGAAUAUAUUUGAGAGAAUGCACAGAGAAGCGGAAACAACUGCAAGAAUCGGUGGACGAGCAAAACAAUAAAAUCAAAGAAUAUGAACAAGUAAUGAAAAAGCUUGAUGAAAUCAUCAAGAAACUUGAAAUACCUGUUAACAGUCCUGUGUGCGAAGUCGCAUUUUUCUGUGACGGCCGAAUUAAGCAUACGAAUGAGGUUAUGAUUGAUCUUGGGUGCGAUUAUUUUGCGGAAUGUAGUUCAUAUACAGCGAAAAAGGUUAUAAGACGUAGAAUUUCGGCAUAUCAAAAGAGUAUCCAAGACGGCCUAGAAUCGAUCAAAAUGAUAGAUGACAAAUUAACAUAUGCGAAUAGUUUAUUUGACAAGAACGACAAAGAAGUGGUUGAGAUCACAGAGCCAUUCGAUGAAGAAGCUGAAAAAGAAUUCUACGAAAAGCGAAAAAAUCGAAAGUCGAAGGAAAAGUCGAAACAAGAAACUGAAGACGAAGAAUAUAAAAAAGCAAUGGCACGGCUGGCUGAUUUAGAAGCUCAAGAAGCUGAGAAUAAAGAGAUUGAAGAAGAACCAAAGGAAGUCGUGAAUUUGACCAAAAUCGAAUCUGAUGCCGAAUCUGACGAUUAUGAUUAUGAAAAAACGGAUAUAGAUCGACUGCUACAGUUGCCGGGAGUGAAUGAAAAGGAUAUGAAGCGGCUUUUGGAAGUACUGGAUGCGUGCGAUGUUGAUUCCAGCGAAGAGGAUGAAGAUGAUGAUGGAGACGACGACGAUUUAGAUUCCGAUGACUAUGACGAUAAAGAAGUCGAAUUGAAAAUUAAAGAAGUCAAAAAAGACGAAGUUGAACAUAAAGAACCACCGAUGGUAGAGCCGAAGGUUCAAGAAGUACUACCUCCGGCUACGAAUAAGGCAAAAACAAGUAAGCCAAAAAAAGGUGGCGUCAAAUUUUCAAAAGAUUUGGAAAAAGUAAAAAUAUUCGAAAAAUCUGAUACGAUAAAUGUGAGCGAGUCUCAAGAAAAUCUAUCGACUAAAUCGAUUUUGAAGACUAAACAGCCAACGCCUGUAGAUCGGAGUCGUUUAGAACCAGAACAGAAAAAGGUUGUAUCCAUUGGCUCAAGCACUUUUCCUGGAAUGGUUAUUGAGAAAAAUGAGACUAAUUUGGAGAAAAACGAACAAUCAAAUGAGCCGCCGAAAGAGAAGAAGAAAGUCUCGCUGUUCAAACAAUCUAAAUCUAAAAAGUGA